UUCCCCGGGCGCAGAGAGGAGCGAGUCGUGAGGAACUCGGGACACGGGGAGCAGCGACACCCCAAUUCCCCCGCUGUCACUUCUGCCACCAGCCCCGACUGUCAACUCACAACUGUCACUUCAAUCAACUGUAUCAGCUGCACCGCCAGACACAGAACGUUCUGUGUUUUGGGAACUUGGGAAGACGGGAGAAGAAAAAGUCAAUUAUUGCAACAUGGAGCACAAAAAGAGUCGCACUGUGACACAUUCUGUAGUCACUCGCACAGUCGUGCACUCAACGGGCAAUAUGGAAACAAGAGUGGUCCAAAGCCAAGAGACCUCCCAAAGUUCACAUUCUGCCGAGAGCCAAGAGGAGUUACUGGCUACUGAGCCCACCAAGGUCUCACAAAGCAUUGCUGGCUUCUUUGUGGAGAAAACCAAUGAGAAGAUCAGUAUAUUCCAAGCCCUGCAUGAUAAACUGGUGCCAGGUGAAGUGGCAUUGCCAAUGCUGGAAGCCCAGGCCGCCACUGGCAAUAUCCUUGAUCCAAAGAGCAACCAAAAACUGACAGUGGAGGCGGCCAUCAAUCAGGGAAUAGUUGCCCCGGAAUUUCAAGAAAAACUGCUUUUUGCGACAAAGGCAGUGACAGUGUACAAGGACAAGGAUCAAAUGUUGUCACUGUUUCAAGCAUUUAAGAAAGGCCAAGUCAGUCAACUGAAUGUGGUACAACUGCUGGGGGCUCAACUGGCCACUGGUGGUAUCAUGGAUCCUACAAAUGGUCAGCGUGUGUCUUUGGAAGAGGCCGUUAAACGAAAUCUCCUUGAUGAAGAAAUGUCUAAAAUGUUCUCUAAAAACAGCGACUCAGUCAGGUGCUAUCUAGACCCCAAUACACAAGAAACUGCAACAUAUGAGCAGCUUUUGGCCAAAUGCACCACCGAUACUAAGACAGGGUUACUCCUUCUACCCCUGCAGGAAACCCUUCAAGGGCUAAGGAAGCCUGUGACUGCAGAACAACUGCUGAAGGCCAAUAUUAUCAGCCAGGCUUUGUAUGACGAUAUCAGGCAAGGCAAGGAAAGUUUAGAAGGUGUUGGGGAGCGCCAUGAAGUCAAGCAGUGCCUGAGAGGAUUGGGGAGCAUUGGUGGAAUUUAUGUAGAGAGCACCAAAGAGAAAAUCAGCAUCUACCAAGCCAUGAAGAAGAACAUUCUCCCACCAGAUGUGGCAACUGCUCUGCUGGAAGCACAAGCUGCUUCAGGCUUUAUAAUAGAUCCAGUGAGCAACAGAACCUUCACUGUUACAGAAGCCAUCAAGGAGGAGUUAAUUGGACUUGAACUGAAAGAGAAACUACUCUCUGCUGAAAGAUCCAUGACUGGAUUUAAUGACCCAUACACCAACAGCAGGAUCUCUCUGUUCCAAGCCAUCAAGAAAGAACUUAUUGACAAGAACCAAGGCAUGAAUCUGCUACAAGUCCAGAUAGCCACAGGGGGUAUCAUUGAUCCGAUUAACAGCUUCUAUGUUCCCAUGGAAGUUGCUUACCAGCGAGGAUUGCUUGAUGAGGAGAUCACUCAUCUCUUAUCAGAUCCUCUUAAUGGCCCCAAAGGUUUCUUGGAUCCGAACACCAAUGAUAUUGUAACUUAUGCAGAAUUAAAGGGAAGAUGCACUGUGGAUCUGGAAACUAAACUCUUUUUUCUCCCUUUAAAACUCACAUUCCAAGGGAUAAGAGGCAAAGUUACUGUUGAUGAACUGGUGGACUCUCUGAUAAUUGAUAAAGAAACGCUUGAAGACCUACAGCAGGAAAGAACAUCUGCCAAAGAAGUUGCUGAUCGUGAGUUGGUGAGACAAUAUCUUGAAGGCACUGGUUGCAUCACAGGUGUGGUCCUAGUAUCUUCCAGUGAGACAAAGAGUAUAUAUCAAGCCAUGGAAGAACAUUAUCUUGUGUCAGGAACUGCCAUCGCUCUUCUGGAAGCCCAGGCAGCCACAGGGUUUUUGAUGGACCCCGUCAAAAACGUAAAGUUUUCUGUUGAUGAAGCUGUGAAAAACGGCUUGGUUGGGCCAGAACUUCAUGAAAAACUCCUUUCUGCUGAGAAAGCUACAACAGGGUACAGAGAUCCUUAUAAUGGACAGACAAUUUCCCUCUUCCAAGCUAUGAAAAAGGGGUUUGUAGGAAGACAACAUGGUAUUCAACUCCUGGAAGUGCAGGUGGCCACUGGUGGCAUCAUAGACCCACUACACAAACACCGUGUCCCAAAUGAGAUAGCUUACAAGCGAGGCUUUUUUGAUGAUGAAAUGAACAAGAGUAUAUCAGCCAUGAAGGAUGAAUCAAAGGGAUUUUUUGAUCCAAACUCAGAAAUAAAUCUGAGUUAUGGAGAAAUGUUGCACGAGUGUCUUGUUGAUCUCGUUACAGGCCUAUAUCUUCUUCCAAUCUUUGAUAAGACUCUACAAGCAUGCACACUUCCAAAUACUCUAACAGACUACCAAACAAAAAUGACCCUAAAAGCAGCUAAAAUUCCUGUGACUUCUGGGAAAUACAAAGCUCGAAACAUCUCCAUUUGGGAACUGUUAUUCUCAGACUAUUUCACCACCGAGGAAAGAAUUUCAUUAGUUAAUCGGUUUAAAUGCCAGACUGUCACACUGGAUGAGUUAUCCAGCCAGAUCAAUACAAGCAUUCAGCACAUAGUAUCAAGCACCAAAAUCUCCUUUGAAGGGCUUAGGGAGCGCGUGACCCCCGGACAGCUCCUGAAUUCUGAUAUCAUAGACAAGACUUUGUAUGAGAAGCUGGAGCAGGGUGAAGCCUCAGUAAAGGACGUAGUAAAUAUGGACACAGUAAAGAAAUAUCUUCAGGGUACUGGGUGCAUUGGUGGACUGAUUCUUACUGAGACUCAAGAGAAAAUGAGUGUCUAUCAAGCAAAGAGAAAAGCCCUGCUCAGACCAGGGACAUCUCUGAUCCUCCUGGAAGCCCAGGCUGCAACUGGAUUCAUCAUAGACCCUGUGGAGAACAAGAAGUAUUCUGUUGAUGAGGCCCUUAAAGCAAAUGUUAUUGGGCCAGAAUUUUAUGAGAAGCUGCUGUCGGCAGAGAAAUCGGUGACUGGUUAUAAAGAUCCUUACACCGGGGAUACAAUCUCCCUCUUCCAGGCUAUGAACAAAGAACUGAUUGUGAAGGAUCAUGGAAUACGUCUUCUAGAAGCCCAGAUAGCUAGUGGAGGCAUCAUUGAUCCAAUAAACAGCCAUAGGAUUCCAGUGGAGGUUGCUUAUAAACGGGGUUACUUUGACAAAAAAAUGAACCUAAUUCUCUCAGAUCCGAGCGAUGACACCAAAGGAUUCUUUGACCCAAACACCAAUGAAAAUCUCACCUAUUUACAACUGAAAGAGAAGUGCAUUACUGAGCCGCUCACCCACCUCUGCCUCCUUCCUCUGCACAGUAAAAAGAACUUGUUUAGUAUUAAUGACUACGUUAAGGAGUCACUCAGAAAUCUGGACAUUUAUGUAAGAUAUGGAAGAUUCAGGGGACAAACUGUCUCUGCUUGGGUUCUUAUUAACUCUGAGUACUUCAGUGAGUGGAAAAGGAGAUACAUCAUAGAACAGUACAGGCUGCGGAAGAAGACUCUGGAGGAAAUUACCAUUCUGAUUCAAGAGGAAAUGAACAAGUGGGCCGACAUCCGAUUCCCUGCUCUUAGGGGGCAAAUCCAUAUUCACCAUCUUCUGGAGUAUGAGAUCAUUGACAAACAGCUGUUUCAGCAGGUCCUGGAUGGAAAGGUUAAGGCAGAAGAUUUACUGAAAACAGAAAAGGUCCAAAGACAUCUUCAUGGUUCUGAUAUACUUGGUGGCAUUAUCCUUAAACCUUCUAACCAAAGAAUCAGCUUCCUGGAGGCAACAAAGAAAAGAAUUUUGCUCCCCAGUACAGUUCUGCCAAUACUUGAAGCCCAGGCUGCUACUGGCCACAUAAUUGAUCCAACAACUAACCAGAAAUUGACAGUUGAUGAAGCCCUUAAAGCCGGAGUGAUUGAUCCACAGCUUUAUGACAAACUUUUGACUGCUGAAGAAGCUGUAACGGGCUACAAAGAUCCAUUUACAGGAAGACGACUAUCCCUCUACCAGGCCAUGAGGAAAGGACUUGUGGAUGAGAAACAUGCCACCCAGCUUUUAGAUGCCCAGCUGGCCACAGGAGGUAUUAUUGAUCCAGUGACUGCCUUACAUCUCCCAGUUUCUGUAGCCAAUAAACAUGGUUUCUUUAAUGACGAAUUGCAUAAAAGCCUGUCUACAGACACAGUAAAAUCCUACUAUGAUCCUACCGCUAAACAAAUGGUGACUUACUCAGAACUGGUCAGUAGUUCAGAGCAAGAUAAACCCACAGGUAUCCGGUUGUUUCCACUGCCCGAAGACUUUGCUGAGGUUCCCAUGGAUAACAUUUACUCUGAUGAGGAAGUAAAGGAGACAUUCAAAAACACAAGGAUAGAAGAAAGGAACACAACAUUGUGGGUCCUGAUAAAUCAUGGAUACUUUACUGAGGAACAGAGAUCUCAGAUCCUGGAGAGAUACAAACUGAAGAAAGCAACAUUGCAGGAGGUCACUGCUGAGAUUCUGCAAUUUGUCAAGGAUAAUGAAAUCAAAAUGACCACUCACAUCAACUUUGAAGGCCUUCGGGGGAAAGUUCCAGCAAUACGACUGUUGGAUCUGGGCAUUCUAAAUCAGACAGACUUUGAUGAACUUUUGCAAGGGUUGAAGACAAUUGAGGAAGUGUCUAAGAUGGAGAGUGUAAAAAAAUACCUGGAAGGAACUGGCUGCAUCUCUGGGGUCCUUCUACAGUCAACCAAUGAGAAAAUUAGUAUUUAUCAGGCAAUUAAAAGAAACCUCAUCAUGCCUGCCAAUGGGUUACUGUUCUUAGAAGCUCAGGCUGCCACAGGGUUUUUAAUUAAUCCAGUAAAUAACCAGAAAUAUUCAGUGGAUAGUGCUGUUAAGGCUGGGAUAGUGGGACCAGAACUUCAUGAGAAAUUGUUGAUCUCUGAGAGUGCCGUGACAGGGUUCCUUGAUCCCUAUACAGGAAACAAGAUUUCACUGUUGCAAGCCAUUGGCAAAAAUCUACUCCCGCAUAAUGAAGGAGUUCCACUUCUCCAAGCCCAACUUGCAGCUGGAGGAAUUGUUGACCCAAACCACUGCCAUUUUGUCCCAUUGCAAAUGGCUCACAAACUUGGUUUUAUGGAUGAUGAAAUAGACUUGGCCAAAUCAACAAUGAAUCUGAAAGCUUUCUUUGAUCCAAACACCAAAGAGAAUGUGUCGUACAUGGAGCUAAAAGAGAAAUGCUAUAAAGACCCAGAGACAAGUCUCCUAUUAUUACCACUCUCAGAAAGUCCUGCCCUUUAUGCCGAUGAAAACAUUAUUAGUGUGCUGAAAUCUGUUACAGUCACUGUCCAGGAAGGAAGAUUUAAAGGUCAAACUGUCUCUGUUUGGGAACUUCUUAAUUCUGAGUACAUCAACAUAAGCAAAGCAAAGGAGUUGCUAACCUUCUACAAUAAGAGCAGUGCAGAGGCUCUCCAGCUGCUCAUAAAAACAGUCACAACCAUCAUCGAAGAGACAGAGAAAGGAAGCAAAAAGAUACAAUUCAAAGGUCUCCGAAGGCAAGUUUCAGCAAGUGACCUGUUCCUCUCCGAUGUGAUAGACAAACAGACCCUUGAUGACCUUAAUCUUGGGAAGAAAACCAUCACUGAAGUCACAGAGAUGGACAAUGUCAAGUGCUACCUGGAAGGAACAAACUGCAUCGCAGGGGUACUUAUACAGGCCACCAACAAGAAGAUGAGCAUCUAUGAGGCCAUGCUCAAAGGAAUUCUCAGACCUGGAACAGCCCUAGUGCUUUUAGAAGCCCAAGCAGCCACUGGAUUUAUUGUUGACCCUGUAAAAAAUGUGAAACUGUCCGUUGAUGAAGCAUUAGGCUGUGGACUUAUAGGACAGGUGAUCUAUAACAAGUUGCUCUCAGCCGAGCAAGCGGUGACCGGUUACACCGAUCCGCACAAUGAAGAAAAGAUUUCCCUGUUCCAAGCUAUGAACAAGAAACUGAUUGUGGAAAGUCAUGGAAUCCGCCUUCUAGAGGCCCAGAUUGCUACAGGAGGUAUUAUUGAUCCAGUGCACAGUCACCGAAUUCCAGUAGAUAUGGCUUAUAAGCGUGGUUAUUUUAAUGAAGAAAUGAAUGCAAUUCUCUCUGACCCCUCUGAUGACACCAAAGGGUUCUUUGACCCAAACACCCAUGAGAACUUAACAUACCUACAACUGGUUGAAAGAUGCAUCCGAGACCCUGAGACUGGACUGUAUCUCCUGCAAGUUGUGAAGAAGGGAGAGAAUUACUUUUACAUCACUGAUACGGUUAAGGAAGAGUUACGGUCAAAACAUGUGCUGAUGCAUCAUGGAAAUUUCACAAACCAAACAGUAUCCAUCUGGCAAAUUCUUUCUUCUCAGUACAUCACAGAGCUCAAGAGGAGAGAACUUGUAAGGCUGUAUACAGAGGGAGUAAUGACAGAGGAACAUCUCAUAUCCUCAAUAAACAAACUCAUUAUGGACUAUGAGAGCAAAAGUAACAUAUUAAUGUUCAAGGGGAUAAGGGGUGAAGUAUCUGCCACAGAACUAUUUAAUGCAGAGAUAAUUGAUAAAAAGACGCUAGAUGACCUAAGGGCUGGCAAAAAAACAGUGCAGGAUAUAGAACAGUUGGACUAUAUAAAAACAUAUCUGGAGGGGACAAGCUGCAUAGCUGGAUCAUUUGUGUUACCAGACAAUGAAACAGUCAGCAUCUAUGAAGCCAUGAAGAGAGGGAUCCUACCUAAAGAUAUUGGCUUAACACUUCUUGAAGCCCAAGCGGCCACUGGGUUCCUCAUAGAUCCAGUAAAGAAUCAAAGGCUCUUUGUUUCUGAAGCAUUGGCUGCUGGACUCAUUGGUACCGAUGUGCAGAAUGAGCUUGAACUUGCAGAACAGGCAGUUACUGGAUUCACAGAUCCUGUCUCUGGCAAUAAACUCUCACUUUUACAAGCCAUUAGCAAGGGUUUAAUUAAUAAAGACCAUGGCCUUUAUCUGCUGGAGGCCCAGUUGUCCACCGGCGGUGUUAUUGAUCCACUUUCCAGCCACAGAGUUCCUCUAGGUGUGGCAUAUAAGAAAGGGUGUUUGGAUGAAGAUACUUACAUAUUGUUAUCAGAGGGAAAGAAAGCAUUUACUGACCCAAACACCCAUGAAAGGUUAAGUUAUAAAAAUCUGAUGGAAAGGUGCAUGAAGGACACCAAAACUGGACUAUCUUUACUUCAACUAGCGAAAAAGAGGGAUGAUUACUUCUACAUUGAUAAUCCAACCAAAAACAUCCUGACAUCUACCACUUUGAAAAUGCACACUGGAAAAUUCCAGGGCCAAGACAUUUCUCUGUGGGAUAUCUUAUGCUCCAUCUAUGUCUCCGAAGAAAAAAGAAAAGAACUCAUAAAGAAAUACAAAACAGAGACUGCGGCAACUCUUAAAUCCAUGAUAACAACUAUAGUGUCCAUCAUUGAAGAGAAGGAAACCACUCAGAGUGAUAUUUGGUUCCAGGGACUGAGAAAGCAGGUGACAGCCUCUGAAUUGUACAGUGCCGGGAUUAUCAAUAAAGAAACACUAGAGGGGCUCAAGCAGGAGCCGCACACUAUAACAGAUGUAGCUCAAAAUGAAUCCGUGAAGAAAUUUCUUGAAGGAACCAGCUGCAUUGCUGGAUUGCUCGUCCCAUCUGUAGAGAACCCGGCCAAAAAGGUGAAGAUGAACAUUUACAAUGCCAUGUUAAAACGCAUUCUGAGACCAGGAACUGCACUUGUUCUGCUUGAGGCACAAGCAGCCACUGGAUUUAUAAUUGACUCCAUACAAAAUAAGAAACUCGCUGUAGAAGAAGCGUUUGAGGCUGGACUGAUUGGCUAUGAGAUUUAUGAGAAGCUCCUCUGUGCAGAAAAAGCAGUGACUGGCUACACUGAUCCUUACACUGGCAACAAAAUUUCCCUCUUCCAAGCAAUGAAAACAGACUUAAUUGUGAAAGAACAUGGGAUCCGUCUCCUAGAAGCCCAAAUAGCCACAGGGGGCAUUAUUGAUCCAGUGCACAGCCAUCGUGUUCCUGUGGAAGUGGCCUACCAACGUGGAUACUUUGAUGAAGAAAUGAAUCAGAUCCUAUCUGACCCAACUGAUGACACCAAAGGAUUCUUUGAUCCCAAUACCAAUGAGAAUCUAACUUAUAUGCAGUUGAUCAAACGGUGUGUUCAGGAUCCAGAAACAAAGCUGUAUAUGCUAGAGAUAUCUGACAGCAAGUUCUCUCCUGUUAACAAACAAAGCGUGCUACAGCAGAAGACUGUUGAGAUGACAACUGGACUGUUCCAAGGCAGGAAAGUCUCUGUCUGGGAUCUCAUAUAUUCACAGUACAUUUCCACAGAGAAAAGAGAUGAACUUCUAAAGAAAUAUACAUCAGGCACCUUGUCCAUUGAGGAACUCAUGACAGUGGUUAUCAGUAUCAUUUAUGAGAGCGAAGCAACAGUACAACCAACUGAUACCACCGAUGCUGUCCAACAAGAUGAACAAAUCCAAACAUUGUUCCUGUCGGAAAAGGUUGAUGUGACAAUGGGGGAUUUCAAGGGGAAAAGUGUAUCCUUGUGGGAGGUUCUCAAUUCUCACUAUAUCUCUGAGGAUAAAAGAAAAGAACUAAUGGACAAAAUGAAAUUGGGAAGCAUAACCAUAGAAGAGAUCAUUGCCAUUGUCAUCACUAUCAUCACCAAAACAGAACUGAAGAAUGUUAAGCAAGUGCAGCAGAUUAACCCAAUGGACCAGUGUCUGCAAGACGAUGACAUCCACGAGGCUCUAAAGAAUAUCAGCAUUCAUGUCACAAAGGGGCAGUUUCAAGGUCAGGAUGUUUCCAUCUGGGAUCUCCUUCAGUGCAAAUACCUAACAGAAGAGACAAGACAAGAAUUAAUAGGGGAUUACAGACUGACCAUUGAGGAAAUCAUAAAGACGGUCAUUCAGUCGGUUAAAGACACAGAAUCCAAGAGUGGCAGAUAUGAGUUGCGUGAUGAAGUGUUCAACGUGUUACAGACCGUGAAGACUGAAGUGCCGGUUGGUGAAUUUAAAGGUCAGAAAUAUUCCGCAUGGGAACUUCUGAACUCAAAAUACUUUUCUGAAGAUAAAAAGAAAGAACUACUUGAAAAGUUUAAUCUAGGAACAUUAAACAUCCAUGAACUGAUUCAAAUAAUCACUAAAAUAAUAGAGGAAACUGAUGAAAAGACUAAAAAGUUAAAGUUUAAAGGACUGAGAAGGCAAGUGACGGCCACUGAACUGCUCACCUCAGAGAUCAUUGACCAAGACACCCUACGAGAGCUAGCUCAGGGAAGGAAAACUGUGGAGGAGGUGACUAAAAUGGAUACAGUGAAAAGAUACCUUGAAGGAGAAAGUUGCAUUGCAGGAAUUCUUGUUCCAUCUAUAAAGGUACCCUCACAGAAAGACAAAAUGAGCAUCUAUAAUGCUAUGCAGAAAAACAUCUUGAGACCAGGAACCGCUUUGGUACUUCUAGAAGCUCAGGCAGCCACUGGAUUUGUCAUUGACCCAAUAAAUAAUGCAAAACUUUCUGUAGAUGAAGCAGUAGCUGCUGGGGUUAUUGGGAAAGAACUUCAUGGAAAGCUCCUUUCUGCAGAACGGGCAGUAACUGGUUAUAAGGACCCUUAUACUGGUGACAAGCUCUCACUCUUCCAGGCCAUGCAGAAAGACCUGAUAGUAAAAGACCACGGCAUUCGUCUUCUUGAAGCCCAAAUUGCUACAGGUGGUAUCAUUGACCCCAUGCACAGCCACCGUGUUCCAGUGGAUGUCGCUUACAAACGAGGCUACUUUGAUGAAGAGAUGAACCAGAUCCUCUCUGAUCCUUCUGAUGACACCAAGGGAUUCUUUGAUCCAAAUACCCAUGAGAACCUAACAUACAUGCAGCUGCUCCAGAGAUGCAUUAAGGACUCAGAUACUGGACUUUACUUGCUAGAGGUUAAUAGGGGCAAGUCUACUCACUUCAAGGCAGAGACCAAUUUUGAAAGCAGAUUAAAGUCCCUCACUGUCCAUCUAAAGGUUGGCCAAUACCAAGGGCAGAAUGUAUCCCUCUGGGAACUUAUCAAUUCACAUUAUGUCUCAGAAGAGAAGAGACAGGAGCUGCUAAUGAAGUAUAAAACAGGUGUCAUCACUAUUAAUGAGCUGCAGAUAAUCUUAAUAAAUACAAUUGAAGAACUGGAAAGUAAAAAAACUGUGCAUUUGAAUGGAUCGGCCCACAAAGAGUUGGACCAGCAAACUGUACUGAGCUCUGAGUUUGUGCAGGUAACUAAAGGCAAGUUUAUGGGUCAAAAAAUCUCUGUCUGGGAGAUCCUGAACUCUGAAUAUAUUACAGAAGAGAAGAGAAAAGAGAUCAUACAGAAGUACAGCUCAGGGGCUUGGACACUAGAAGAAAUCAUUGGUAUCAUUAUACAAAUUAUUGAUGAUGUAGAAGAGAAUAGGGAGAAGCUAGAAGCAGCCCUUGAUAUUGUACCUGGAAAUGAACAUCUCCACAAAGCCUUAAGAUCCAUAAGAGUCAUUGUCCCAGCUGGUGAGAUUCAAACUAAGAAAUUGUCUCUAUGGGAAAUUCUCCACACUAAAUACAUCUCAUCAGAUAAAAGGAACGAUCAACUCAACAAGCACCAGGCCACAGUAGAGAAUUUAAAAACAAUUAUAAUGAAACUUAUUAAAGACAAAGAAGUGAAGGGUGAUGAGGGAUUGAAAGAAACACUUGAGCAGAAGUUUGUGGAUGUGAGUGUAGGUGAAUUUAAAGGACAACAAGUUUCCAUGUGGGUUUUGCUUUACUCAAAAUAUAUCUCUAAAGAGAAAAGAAAAGAACUUCUAGAAAAAUACAAAUCAGGAACAUUGACACUGGAAGAAAUGUUAAGUAUCAUUAUCACAAUUAUUGAGGAGAUUGAAGAGAAAAGUCACAAGUUAAAGUUCAAAGGCCUAAGGAGGCAGGUGACAGCCACUGAGCUAUUCCAAUCUGAAAUCAUUGACCAGAGUACAUUGAAUGAGUUGACUCAAGGCAGUCGGACAGUGGAACAAGUGACUCAGAUGGACUCAGUGAGGCGCUAUCUUGAGGGUACUAGCCCUAUAGCUGGUGUAUUUGUUACUUCUAAGAAAGAAGGCUCACAAAGAGAGAAAAUGACCAUUUAUGAUGCCAUGUUUAGAAGAAUAUUGAGGCCAGGGACAGCACUGGUUCUCCUUGAAGCACAAGCAGCUACUGGAUUUGUGGUUGACCCUAUACAGAAUAGAAAACUUUCUGUGGAGGAAGCUCAAAAUGCCAGACUUAUUGGCCCUGAGAUUUAUGAUAAACUUCUGUCUGCAGAAAGAGGAGUGACUGGCUACACUGACCCCUACACUGGAAAAAAAAUCUCCCUCUUUCAAGCCAUGAAGAAAGAGCUGAUUGUGAAAGACCAUGGCAUCCGUCUCCUGGAAGCACAGAUUGCCACUGGUGGUAUCAUCGACCCUGUGCACAGUCACCGAGUCCCUGUAGAGGUGGCCUACAAGCGAGGCUACUUUGAUGAAGAAAUGAAUAGAAUCCUUUCUGACCCCAGUGAUGACACAAAAGGUUUCUUUGAUCCCAAUACUCAUGAGAAUCUCACUUACAUGCAGCUGCUCCAGAGAUGUGUUGAGGACUCAGACACGGGAAUGUUACUGUUGGAUGUUAGAGACACCAAAGACUCUCUUGUACGAACUGACUACACAACUACACUGCAGUCUAAAACUGUUCAUAUUCAAUCUGGUGAAUACCAGGGCAAGAAUUUGUCUGUUUGGGAACUUCUCAGUUCUAAAUAUAUUUCAGCUGAGAAAAGAGAGGAGCUCUUAAGGAAAUACAGAUCGGGAAUCUUGUCCACUGAAGUACUCGUAACUAUUAUUAUUACCAUCAUUAAUGAGACAGAGCCAAGUGUGCCAUUAAAAGAUUCAACCCACAGUAAUAAGGAAGGUGAUCAAAUUAAGAUAUUAUUCCAAUCAGAAAAAGUAUCCAUGUCAGUUGGGGAUUUCAAAGGACAGAGUGUUUCACUGUGGGAACUUCUUAACUCUCAUUAUAUCUCAGAUGGAAAGAGGAAGGAGUUAUUAGAAAAAGUGAAAGCAAGGACUUUGACUCUCCAAGAAACUCUUACAAUUAUAAUCAAUAUUAUCCAAGAAACUGAGCUAAACAGAAGUAUUACGGUGCAACUACUCCCACAGGUGUCAGUUGAACGAGGUCUGAAAUCAGAUCCUGCAGUUCAUGCUGAUGAAAUCCAGAAAUCACUUCAGAGUAUCAAUGUUCAUGUCAAUGCCGGAGAAUUUCAAGGUAAAGAUGUUUCUGUCUGGGACCUACUUCACUCACAAUAUAUUAGUGAGGAGGUGAGAAAGGAACUGAUUUGUAAUUAUGAGUUGACUGUUCAAGACAUGAUAGCAAUUGUUGUUCAACUAGUGGAACAGAAGAGCAGCAAAUCACCUUUAUAUGCAGAAUACAACUUGACUGAGGAAGCACUCAAUGUUCUACAGACAGAGACAAUGGAAAUCUCUAUAGGAGAAUUUAAGGGCCAGAAGCAUUCUCUGUGGCAACUACUCACAUCUAAAUACUUAUCUGAAGACAAAAAGAAAGAACUACUUAAGCAGUUUAAUCAGGGGACUGUUAGCGUGCAUCAACUGAUCCAAACAAUCAUCACAAUUAUUGAAGAAAUUGAACAAAAGUGUAACAAGCUGAAGUUCAAAGGACUGAGAAGGCAAGUGACGGCCACUGAACUGCUCACCUCAGAGAUCAUUGACCAAGACACCCUACGAGACCUAGCUCAGGGAAGGAAAACUGUGGAAGAGGUGACUAAAAUGGAUACCGUGAAAAGAUACCUUGAAGGAGAAAGUUGCAUUGCUGGGAUUCUUGUGCCGUCUAUAAAGGAAUCCUCAAAGAAAGACAAAAUGAGCAUCUAUAAUGCUAUGCAGAAAAACAUCCUGAGACCAGGAACUGCUCUGGUACUUCUAGAAGCUCAGGCAGCCACUGGAUUUGUCAUUGAUCCAAUAAAUAAUGCAAAACUUUCUGUAGAUGAAGCAGUAGCUGCUGGGGUUAUUGGGAAAGAACUUCAUGGAAAGCUCCUUUCUGCAGAACGGGCAGUAACUGGUUAUAAGGACCCUUAUACUGGUGACAAGCUCUCACUCUUCCAGGCCAUGCAGAAAGACCUUAUAGUAAAAGACCACGGCAUCCGUCUUCUUGAAGCCCAAAUUGCUACAGGUGGUAUCAUUGACCCACUGCACAGCCACCGUGUUCCAGUGGACGUUGCUUACAAACGAGGCUACUUUGAUGAAAAGAUGAACCAGAUCCUCUCUGAUCCUUCUGAUGACACCAAGGGAUUCUUUGAUCCAAAUACCCAUGAGAACCUAACUUACAUGCAGCUGCUCCAGAGAUGCAUUAAGGACUCAGAUACUGGACUUUACUUGCUAGAGGUUAAUAGGGGCAAGUCUACUCACUUCAAGGCAGAGACCAAUUUUGAAAGCAGAUUAAAGUCCCUCACUGUCCAUCUAAAGGUUGGCCAAUACCAAGGGCAGAAUGUUUCACUCUGGGAACUUAUCAAUUCACAUUAUCUCUCAGAAGAGAAGAGACAGGAGCUGCUAAUGAAGUAUAAAACAGGUCUCAUCACUAUUAAUGAGCUGCAGAUAAUCAUAAUAAAUACAAUUGAAGAACUGGAAAGUAAUAAAAUUGUGCAUUUGAAUGGAUCGGCCCACAAAGAGUUGGACCAGCAAACUGUACUGAGCUCUAAAUUUGUGCAGGUAACUAAAGGCAAGUUUAUGGGUCAAAAGAUCUCUGUCUGGGAGAUCCUGAACUCUGAAUAUAUUACAGAAGAGAAGAGGCAAGACAUCUUACAGAAGUACAGCUCAGGGGCUUGGACACUAGAAGAAAUCAUUGGUAUCAUUAUGCAUAUUAUUACUGAGGUAGAAGAGAAUAGGGAAAAAAUUGAGGCAAAGGAGACAAAAAGCCCAUCCGUUUAUCCCAAUUUGACCCAAGAUAAAAUUGAGCAACUCCACAAAGCUCUGGAUGUCAUUACAGUUUUUGUCCCAGCUGGUGAGUUUCAGAAAGAGAAAGUGUCUCUAUGGGAAAUUCUGCACUCAAAGUACAUCUCAUCAGAUAAAAGGAACGAUCAACUCAACAAGCACCAGGCCACAGUAGAGACAUUAAAGGGAGAUAUAAUGAAACUAAUUAAAGACAAAGAAGUGAAGGGUGAUGAGGGAGUGAAACAAACACUUGAGCAGAAGUUUGUGGAUGUAAGUGUAGGUGAAUUUAAAGGACAACAAGUUUCCAUGUGGGUUCUGCUUUACUCAAAAUAUAUCUCUGAAGAGAAGAGAAAAGAACUUCUAGAAAAAUACAAAUCAGGAACAUUGACACUGGAAGAAAUGUUAAGGAUCAUUACCACAAUUAUUGAGGAGAUUGAAGAGAAAAGUCAAAAGUUAAAAUUCAAAGGCCUAAGGAGGCAGGUGACAGCCACUGAGCUAUUCCAAUCUGAAAUCAUUGACCAGAGUACAUUGAAUGAGUUGACUCAAGGCAGUCGGACAGUGGAACAAGUUACUCAGAUGGACUCAGUGAAGCGCUAUCUUGAGGGGACUAGCCCUAUAGCUGGUGUAUUUGUUACUUCUAAGAAAGAAGGCUCACAAAGAGAGAAAAUGACCAUUUAUGAUGCCAUGUUUAGAAGAAUACUGAGGCCAGGGACAGCACUGGUUCUACUUGAAGCACAAGCAGCUACUGGAUUUGUGGUUGACCCUAUACAGAAUAGAAAACUUUCUGUGGAGGAAGCUCAAAAUGCCAGACUUAUUGGCCCUGAGAUUUAUGAUAAACUUCUGUCUGCAGAAAGAGGAGUGACCGGCUACACUGACCCCUACACUGGAAAUAAAGUCUCCCUCUUUCAAGCCAUGAAGAAAGAGCUGAUUGUGAAAUACCAUGGCAUCCGUCUCCUGGAAGCACAGAUUGCCACUGGUGGUAUCAUCGACCCUGUGCACAGUCACCGAGUCCCGGUAGAGGUGGCCUACAAGCGAGGCUACUUUGAUGAAGAAAUGAAUAGAAUCCUUUCUGACCCCAGUGAUGACACAAAAGGUUUCUUUGAUCCCAAUACUCAUGAGAAUCUCACUUACAUGCAGCUGCUCCAGAGAUGUGUUGAAGACCCAGACACGGGAAUGUUCAUGUUGGAUGUGAGAGACACCAAAGCCUCUCUUGUAUGAACUCACUACACAACUACACUGCAGUCUAAAACUGUUCAUAUUCAAUUAGGUGAAUUCCAAGGCAAGAACAUGUCUGUCUGGCAACUUUUGCAUUCUCAUUAUAUUUUAAAGGAAAAACGAGAGGAACUUUUAAAAAAAUACUCAUCAGGAAGUUCAUCAAUUACAGAUCUAGCAACUCUUAUUAUCACAAUCAUCUCUGAAACAGAGCAAGCAAAAGCUGCAGUCGUAACAAAAGAAGAUCCGAAAAUCCAAACAACUCUAAAAUCUGUAACAAUUGACAUCUCCGUGGGGGGUUUCCAGAAAAAAUCACUGGUGAUAUGAGAUCUUUUAAAUUCAGAUUACUUUUCUGAGAGUGAAAUAAAUGAUCUAUUAGAGAAGCUCCGUGCUGGGACAUUGACUUUAGAAGAAAUUAUCAAAUUUAUUGUCACUGUAGUUACAGAGAAAGAAACAAAAACCCUAAAAAGUGUCACCACAACAACUCAAGUUACAAGGAAGGAGAUAAAACAGAAAUCUAUUAACCUUAGUGAGUGGCCACCGGAAGAUCAACUUCAGAAAGCUUUGGAGGCUAUUCCAUAUGAAGUGUCCAGACAACAAACUGAAGGGGAGAAACAAGACAGUGUGUCCAUUUGGGGCUUUUUGCAAAGUGAGAAACUGCCUGAUGACAAAAGCAAAGAACUGUUGCAGAGGUGCAAAAACACAGUACAAGAGGUUCUGAUUGGCUGCAUCAAACUCAUCCAGAGAAGUGGAGAGGGACAGUUUUCAGCCGAGACUUCUUCUGUUGAUGAGCAAACACAGAAGUUAUUACAGAAUAUAACUCAAAUUUCUGUUGGUGAAUUUAAAGGUCAGAAGAUAUCACUGUGGAACCUUCUUCUCGCCAAAUACAUAUCAUCUAAGAAAAGAAAGAUUAAUGGCAUAUCUUACCUGGUCUUCUUCUAUCCAAGAUAUUAUAAGAAUGAUCACCACCAUUAUAGAGGAGACUGAAGAGAGAUCUAGUAAGUUUAUUUUCAAGGGGCUCAGACAACAGGUUAGAGCUGCAGAAUUGCUAAACUCUGACAUUAUUGACCAGAAGACCCUUGAUGAUCUCUCCAAAUGAAGCAAGACCCUGGAGGAGAUAACUCAAAUAGACUCCGUGAAAAGAUAUUUGGAAGGAACAAGCUGCAUUGCCAGAGUGUUUGUCCCCUCAAAAAAUCCUUCUUCUAAGAUGGAAACAAUGAGCAUAUACCAAGCCACGCGGAAACAUAUUUUAAGACCAGGCACUGCCUUGGUGCUUUUAGAAGCUCAAGCUGCAACUUGCUUUAUCAUUGACCCAAUUAACAACAGAAAAUUGUCAGAAGAUGAAGCCAUUUCUUCUGGGGUGGUUGGAAAAGAGCUUCAUGCAAAACUCCUAUCUACAGAACGUGCAGUUACUGGUUACAAAGAUCCCUACACUGGUGAAAAGAUUUCUCUCUUCCAUGCCAUGAAGAAGGAUCUAAUAGUCUACGACCAUGGCAUCCGUCUUCUAGAAGCACAGAUUGCCUCCUCUUUCUUACCCCCUCUUACCUGCACGCUCUUUCUUCUCUCUUCAUCUUCCUUCAAAUAUUGUUUGUUUAUCUUGAACCUGGAAAACUCAAUAAAAAAGUUAAAUAUUAAAAAAGAAAAAGAGAAACACAAUUUCCUGAAGUCUGUGGAGAUUGACGUAAGUGCCGGCCAUCUCAAAGGCCAAAAAAGUUCCCUUUGGCAGCUUCUUAAUUCUUCAUAAAUCACAGGCAAGAAAAGAAAUGAACUGCUUACUAAGUAUGAAAGUGGAGCUCUAACUCUUGUGCAGCUCAAGCAGUCAAUCAUAGCCAUCAUGGUGGAAGCAGAGAAAACUGUCAUAAACAGUUCAGAUGAAACUUGUGUAAGAGAAUCAGGAAAGACAGGUGAUGAUUCCCCAUCAGGACCAAUAAUUCAGUCCCUGUCCCAUUUCUCUACCUUCCUUUCCACUGAUGAAUUCAAAGGUCCCAGUGUUUCUCUGUGGGAUAUACUUAACUCAAAGGCCA